AUGACAGAGCGGUCUGGGAAACAAGCUCCGCCAGAGAAUCUGAAUGCCCGUGAGACCCAAGCUCCACCGUUCUUCAAUACCUCUGCUCUACCCGAUCAGGAUGGGCGAAGGUAUGCUCCAUCAUUGCCAGGAGUCCCGCCACCAACACCACAUCUGCCACCCGCAGGCAUCGGUCGGACGAUGGAAUUACCUCCCUUACCACCUGCACCGACGCGUGGAGCUGGGAGCUUCUCCCCCGCAUCGGCAUCUAGAUCAGCUGUCGUAUCGUUGAUGUUGAACCCUACGGAGCCUGAAGAUUCGUACCACGACAGAAGACGCAAGAUCGCCCGGACAGAGUCAGCUCGUCCUAUUCAGUCCCUUCCACCACUGGCAACUUCGAAUCCAUCUUACUCUCCCGCUGGUAGUUCGCCGGCGCCUGCAGCUAGCCUUGGAGCAAGGCAACCCCGCAGGAUGUUGACGCCUAGGCUACCGCCUCGAUCUCCGUCUUCGUUACAUCGGACCGUGAGCCUGAGCCAACUCCCUUCCACUGUGCAACUUCCUCAUCAACCUUCGCUGUCAACCUCUCCACGGAGCAGGCCUUAUGCAAUCGAUACAGGAUCUGGGAGAUCAUCUGCUCUUCCCACACCAGUUGCAGCGCCGCGGCAGAAUUAUGGAUUCCCAGCACCUGUGACUCUCAAACACUCGGCGACUAGUCAGCCCAGUCUGGGUUCUGUUCAUGGUAUCAGACUCCACUCCGAAAGCACGAGUCCCAAGUCGUCAUAUUCUGGUUACAGCCAGGCUGAGCAAGCAUCUCCAGUGCAGUAUGGCUCAUCGUCGAUACCAAAUUUGGCGGCCCCAUACACGGCGAAGUCGUCAACCAGUGCACCUGUUAAUGAUAGCGUUUCGAAUCCCACCAAGUUGGAAAGGCACAAUCAGGUGGGGAUACCGAUAAGCUCGGCAAGUGGGCAGAAUGUGUACCAAAUGAUGACUCUGGAGACAUCCUCGGGAAGUGUCCAACUGCCAGUGGACGUUCAAGCCGCCUCGCGAGUCGCGGAUGAGAAGCGGAGGAGGAAUGCCGGCGCCAGUGCACGCUUCCGUCAGCGGCGAAAGGAAAAGGAGAAGGAGUCCUCCACCGCAAUCUCUAGGCUCGAGCAGCGAUUGAAAGACUUGAGUGAGGACGCGGACUUUUACAAGCGAGAGCGUGACUAUCUACUUGGGGUUGUUCUCCAGGUUCCGGGCGGUGACCGUCAUCUUCCACGACCUAGAUCACCUCGACAUCGCCGGACGUCAUCUAUGGGUGGCUCGGGUGAYGGUGGGACAGGUUACGUGCCUUCUCAAGAUCAGGGUUCCCGUAGUCCGGCUGAUCAUGAGGUGAGGCGCAAGACCUCCACUUCAUCGAUCAAUCUACCACCGCAUAGGCAAAUCGCUGUGGCCGCUCUAGGACCUCAUCACUAUGGACCCCACGUUUACGCGCAGCAGCACGCUCCCGGUCUUCUACCUUCUCCCGGAGGAGGAGGUGCGCUACUCUCAGGAAUGAUGCACCAUGCGCCUCAGUCUGGCKUGUGGAAUCCUUAUCCCCAUCAAAGGCAUCCAUCUGGAGAUCAUGCCCAUGGCGCUCACUGA